CUCCCAUGUACCCUUCGGGCGGCUGGACCCCCGCAGCCUCCACCUCUCCUGCCCGCUCGGCCUCCCACUCCCGCCAAUCAAGUGGUGGAGGUAGCGCUCGCAGUGGUGGAGCGGGCAGUGGCGGUAGUCGUAGCGGUAGUGGUUCCGAUCGAGACUGGCUGCAGAAUCAAGCAGGCUGGCAAAACCUUGCCAAUCUCCAGCUCUCCGAUCCUGACAGUGCCCAGGGCUCUGGACGGACGAGUCCCGCUCGCUCUUCCUCUGCUGGGUCUACUCCUCCUCGAAGGAAGAGCUGGGAGAGGAAGACACCUUCCCCCAGUACGGGUGGGGCGACACCUUACUUUGGGGGUAGGACACCACAGAGCUCGCCUGAGCAGGAAGCGGGACCUUCGAGGGGGGCGCAAAAGAAGAAGGGGGCGUUUUCGAAGAUGAAGGGCCUCUUUGGGAAGGGCAAGAAGCACUAGGUGUGGGGAGGUGGCCAUGUACCAUUGCCGAUGGACUUGAGAGUAGCAGGGUGGAGGGGUGGUGAAAUGAAUUUGGCCGCUAGACCGGCAGUCCGAGCCGUGGUAUGUCUGUGACUACUGCCAUCUCUUGGUUGCACCACUCCUGCGUCUUCGGCAGUCCAAGUGAGGCCAGGGGUAUGUUACGAUGAUGUGUUCAG